CGGGCAACACUUUCUGGUCGGACAAACACGGCAGAUACUGAGAUUCCACCACCAACAAUCGAAUUUUCGAAGCACCAGCAGUGGCAGUUACUCCAAAGCAGCAAAAAUCACCAUGGCUUCGCAGAUCCCCACAGCCGCCAGCGUGGUCGAGUCGGCCGUUAUCGACGCGUCGCUCGCGCAGGUCUGGCACCUAAUCAAGCUGCAGGACUUUGGCAAGUUCUGGAGCAAGCUCGACAAGAGCGAAUGGGUCAAGGGCGCUUCGCCCGACACGGACCUGGUCAAGUGGACGUUCAAGGACGGCACCGUCCUCGAGGUCAAGCAGGAGGAGCACUCGACCAUCAACCACUACAUCACCUACUCGGUUAUCACGGCCUCACCCGAGCUGUCGUACACGUCGGUCCUCAGCACCGUGCGCCUCUUUCCCAUCACGUCGGGCAAGCACGAAGGCCACACGUUUGUGCAGUGGAGCGGCCAGUUCUCGAGUGAUGCCGAUGCUGGAGUCAUCGAGGAUGCCAAGUUCAAGCGUCGCGAGGCUCUGUCUGACCUCGCCGCCGCGGUGGCCAAGCAGUGAGAGCAAGCAAGAAGCAGCCAGGUUCGGAUAUGAAGGAGGCAUCAGUAUCUACGGACGAGAGCUCUUGCGCUGCAGGACGCAAUGGCCAGACAGGAGGAAGGGUGUAACUAGGGAUUAGGAAACGAAAAAUGGAAAAUCAAGCGGGAGGUUGAACUGCCUUAGGAAUUAGCACAAGCCUCGCACAUGGUGUCCAAGUUAAUGUUCUGGCCAUCCGACUGAAACACGGGCGAGGCGACGACCCACCCAACAGGCUAGGUUAGUGGGCUUUAGAUCAAUUGAUGGGGACAUGACAUGCAUGACCACAGCACCCCUCGCACCCUCGGCCGGCAUUACCGACUGCGGCAGCGCCUGCGUAGCACAAAUCAUUCAACGGGAUCCAAAUCCAAACACAC